UGCCUGGAUUCCAAAAGAGAGUGCAUCUUCAAAACUGGACCUCGAACUCGACGGCCGAAACAGUCGAAAAGAUCCCAAUCCUCCACCGACCCAACCACAGCCACAGCAGGGCCCCCUUCCCCCUCCCACCACCACCCGGCCCCUCCAAAACCUUCACAAUCGACAUCCCCAAUGCCCUGCCGACGACGACGUAACCGACAGCUUCGAGGUCCUCCGCCUGGCCCACGAGUCCACACUCAACAACUUGGUUCCCCACCUCUCCUCAUGGCGAAGAAGACCAAGAAGAUGAACCCAUCUACUGACUACGACUACGACAAGAACGCCAACACUGGAUUGUGCUCAACACCGAGCAGGCCUCCAACCUGCGGCUCGGUCAUCUCCUCCCAUGCCUCCUCCCUUCCGAUAGGGGCUUCGGCAUUGUCCACCCCGCCAAGCAGCACCACCACCGCUGCUACCACUGGCACGAGAUCCAAGCAGAAGAGCAGAAUGGUGGCUAGCUUGGGGCUGCAGCCGCAGUUCAACGUUGAUUCGGCGGGCAAGUUACUGCAGACGUUUACGGGGGUGAUGUUGAAUCACUUUCACUGUUUGGUUAUUGAUCCUGAGCGGGACACGGUGGCGAGUUUGGCGAAGGAGAGACCGUUCGUUUUGCUUGCUGUGCUGGCGGCGGCGAGCGGGAGUCGGACGCUGCAGGGGCACAGUUUGUAUGAUGAGGAGUUUAGGAAGAUUUUGGGCUUGAAGUUUGUGGCUGGGGGGGAGAGGAGUUUGGAGCUGUUGCAGGGGUUGGUGGUUUACAUUGCUUGGUAUCCGUUUCAUUUGCGGCCAAAGAACAAGCAGGCGUACCAGUAUAUACGUAUGGCGGUGGACAUUGUCUUUGAUCUGGAACUCAACGAAGACCCGGGGACGGACCGGGUUGAUGUCCCGCCCACCGAGGCGAGGUUGGAGGAGAUAAGGACAUUCGCCGCCACGUGGGGCCGCACCCCAACUCUAGCCUACAACACCUACACCGCCCACUGCUGCGAAAUGCUCUCCCGCCACAGCCCCCUCAAAGGCGACCAGGUUCUGGUCUGGCAGGUCAGACUUCAGCGGCUGGUGGAGGAAACCAACGAUCUCCGCCGGACUCAGAGGGGUGGCGCGCAUUCCCAACAAAGUGAAUACCAAAUCAACCUCAUGAUACGAGGAAUGGAGACGCAACUCAAAGAGUGGGAGGCGUGCAUGAGCCGCGAGCUUAAAAACACUCAUGCUAACCCCGCCCCAGCAUCCCUCCGCAUCCUCCUCCUCUUCACCCCCCUCUUCCUCUCCGGCGCCCCCCUCUUCAAGCUCCCCUCCGCAAAACUAACCCCCCUCCUCGACCCCUCCCAAACAACCUUCCGCGCCGACGCCUCCAAGCUCUCCUCUCUGAUCCCCACCCUCCGCGAGUUCUACUCCUACUUUUUGUCCCUCCCCGCCCAGGAAAUAAACGCCUUCAUGGGACAAGAAUGGGGCUCCUUCAUCCUCGUCAUCAUCCUCGGCUUCAGGAUGUGUUUCCCCAUGGCCAUCUGUCCCGAUUGGGACGACAAGUGGCGCGAGAGAGGAUAG